CUAACUAAAUGCCUAACCCUAACCCUAAAACCAGACACACACACACACACAUGCACACGCACAAACACAUACACACAUUGCAUAGGUGGUGGGUUUGGCAUAAUUUACAUCAUCACACUUCCUCAUCUCACUGCUAUAAAUCUGUGGAGGUUCCUUAAUCUGCUCUGAAGCACUGUGCACCCUGAGCCAGCCACUAUGUCUUUUGUUGACACUCUGCGUCAAUGGGAUGACGCCGUCACCUGUGUUGAAAGAGAGGAUUUGUCUGGAGCGUUCAGGAUUUUCCUGUCAAUCGAAGAACCCAACUCCAAAAUUUGUUUUGACAUAGGCUGUCUUCAUCUUCUUAACCAAGAUCUGGAUGCUGCUGAAAAGGCGUUUGAUUGCAGCAUACGCAGGGAUGAGCAUAUGGCGGUUGCCUUCUUUCAAAGAGGAAUCACCUUUUACAAAAAGCAGAGGUAUGAGGAGAGUUUGGGUGAUUUCCAGCAUGCCUUCAAAGCACUGAGAGGAAACCAGCUGAUAGAUUACAAAGCACUUGGACUCAGAUACAAACUAUUUGCAUGUGAUGUUCUCCACAAUAUGGCCCUGGCUGAGGCUCAGCUGGGCAACUGGGAAAAGGCUCAGGAAAACCUUGUGAAGGCUCUCAAUAACAAAACAGAUGCCAAGCUCAAUGCCAUUGACAGAGCUCUUCAGUCAACACUGAAACAGAAACUUUUCAAACUGGUCGAGUUCCCAUCAAAAGCUCUGUUCAAACCAAAUAAGCACUAUGUUGCUGAGCUGGAGAAGAAGGACUUUCUGGGCACAGCAAAGGUUGUUGCCUCUGUGGUUCCUCAGGAUGACUUCUCUGGGUUUGCUCCAUUACAGCCUCAGGUUGAAGAUGGACCAACUUGUCCAAAGGAGCCCGAGGUUCUCAGGGCUCUGGAAGGAGACCCCCACACUGUCCUGUUUGAGUUUGUUCCUGAGACCAGUGAUGAGUUGGCUGUUGUGCCAGGCAAUAUUGUGUUUGUGCUGCACAAAGGUGCUGACAAUUGGGCAUCUGUGAUCUUCAAUGAAAGAAGGGGACUUGUUCCCUACAACUACCUGGAACGUUUGGAGAUCUCAUUGGCUUCUAAACAGAAGGAGGAAAUGCGUAAAGCUCCAAAUCGAGAACCUCCAACCAGACCUGAAAGGAAACAAGGUCCUACUCCAAGUCACAGCAACAGCGGAGACAUAAAAUGCAAGGAUGCUCCGUCUCCUGAGGAUUCCUAUAUUGUCAAAGUCCAUUUUACAUUCAACAUCGCAGUGUCGGUACCACCUGGGUCUCAAUAUGCCAUACUGAUAGAGAAAAUCAGUAAGAAACUGAAUCUCCCCUCUACUGCAGUCAUCUUGAGUUUGACCUCCAACGCCGAUGAACUAAGUCUGAUUAGUUCCGACACAGAAAUGGAAAGUGUGUGGAGUCGUGCUAAUGGUAGGCGCAUCACCUUGUGGUGUCACAACAAGGAGUUCCAGCAAACUGAUGGAAAACCAAACAAUGACAUCCACUUGGUGGCACUUCAUCCCUAUGAGUCAUCAAAUCCAGAGGAUCUCAAUUUCCAUCAAGGGGAUACAAUCACAUUGCUCUCAAAAGUUAACCAGGAUUGGUUUGAAGGACAAUGUAAUGGGACCACUGGUAUAUUCCCUGCAUCUUUUGUGGAAGAAGAACCUGUGAAUGCCCAGUAACUGUUGUAAAAAAACACAAAAGUGAUUAAGGACAGUUACACAGCCUCUACCUUCAAAAUAUUAAUAAAAUAAUAAAUUUGG